UCGUGUUUGUGUCAGAAUUUUCCCAACCCUAACCCAACCUGUUUAUCAUGUCGUGUCACAUUCGUAUUUCAUGUAAGAAAUAGCUGACCCUAACCCGCUAACUUCGUAUUGGGUUUGUGUCGUGUUCUCAUGUCAUGUCGGAAAUUCCCACCCCUAACUCUGAGUGGUAGCCGAGUUAUUGUUACGGAUGGAGCUUUGGCUGCUGGUUCAGGUCAUGGUGCAGCAACCUGGGUUCACGUGGGUGUCGGCGCAGGUGGAGCUUUGUUUUGCAUCCUCAGCGGAAUGGUCGAGAUUCGAGCAUGCAUGGCAGCUCUUCGGUGGGCCUGUGCUCAGAGGAUCCCUUGAAGUUUGUAUUCAGACAGAUCGCUCUGUUUUUGUGUAUGGCUUAUGUUAUCCUCAAGGAGCUGCUGCUGGUAUGCAGCCGGCCCUUGAGGACUUUUGUUUUCAAUGUUCCUCUAUUAAUUAUGUUCGAUCCUUCCAACUACCUAUAAUUUGCGUACUUAACCAUUUAUGGGCUGGUGCUAAAUGGUGCUAUCAGUGGGAACAUAGGUACAUCAAAAGUCCCAAAGAAAUACAGGAAAGAAUGCAGAUGGAAUGUAUACCAUAAUCACCAACUUAAACACAUGCCCUCACUGACGUUAGAACCAAAACACACAAAAAAGUGUGUAACGCAGGUCGUAUCUCAUCAAC